UAGCAUUUAGCAAUGUGGGGCUCACUGGGCCCAGAACCCUCUCACUCUCAACAGCUCUCUCUUCUUCUUCAUUGAUUUUCUUUCACCUUCUUCUACUUACUUUCUGAACCAACUCAACCUUCACUCACAUCUCACUUUCCUUCAUCAAUGUUGGUCGUGGGUUUCGGGAAACCUUUGUCUUUUCCAGAUUUUCAAGAUCGGAUUCGCUUUCACUCUGUCCCUUUUCUUAGAGAGAACACAGGUCUUGUAGAUUUUGCUGAUGCUGAAUAGCUUAAACUUGGAAGCAUAAGAGGGUGUUAGUGAUUGCAAAAUAUGGAUCCAAAUAGGGGAGAUAGCUGGAGGGAAUUGGUCAAGAAGAUGCUUCCUCCUGGUGCUUCUGUUCCUGAUGAUGCUUCUGAUCUUGAUUACUCUAUAGCUCUUGAAUAUGAAGGUCCACCGGUUUCGUAUGAAGUGCCAAGAGUUGAGCCCUUCGAUGUGAACUCAAGAGAAAUUCCCACUGCUGAACCACUGUCUGGAUCACAAAGAUCAAGUACUCAUGUGAUUGAACCUAUCCCUCUGCCGGUGUCUCGUAUUGCAGGUGUGACGGGGUCUCCUAAUCAUAGCCCGAGGGUGUCGGGAAGUUCAGAAUCUGUGGUUUCGGUGUUGCAGAACCCGGAUCUUUCUUCUGCGUCGCCUUCUGCUUCGCCUGCUUCAGUUCAUAAUCCUGCUAACAAUCCUCCUAUGCCGGCGGCUAAUGAAGCAAAGAGGGCGCCUGUUGUCACUUUUAAUACUGUUGAUAGAUCUCAGACGAAAGAGGUGGAGGUUGUGAAGCCGGUUUAUCCGGAAUACGUCGGGGUUUUGAAAGAAAGGAAGAAGAAGAAAAUAAGAGUUUGCUAUAGGUGUGGGAAAGGGAAGUGGGAAACUAAGGAGUCUUGCAUAGUUUGUGAUGCCAAGUAUUGCAGUAACUGUGUGCUAAGGGCGAUGGGAUCGAUGCCAGAAGGGCGCAAGUGCGUAACUUGUAUUGGUCAGCCAAUUGAUGAAUCCAAGCGUCUGAAAUUGGGUAAAUAUUCGAGGGUGUUGUCCCGGCUGUUAAGUCCUCUAGAAGUCAAGCAAAUUAUGAAGGCAGAGAAAGAGUGUUCUGCUAAUCAGCUUAGGCCGGAGCAGUUGAUUGUGAAUGGAUUGCCCCUGAAGCCAGAUGAGAUGGCAGACCUACUUGGGUGCCCCUUACCUCCACGUAAGCUGAAGCCCGGUAGAUAUUGGUAUGACAAAGAAUCUGGUCUUUGGGGAAAGGAAGGGGAAAAACCUGACAGACUCAUAAGCUCGAACUUGAAUUUCACGGGGAAACUCUGCUUUGACGCUAGUAAUGGAAACACUGAGGUUUACAUCAAUGGUCGAGAGAUUACUAAACUUGAAUUGAGGGUACUCAAGCUGGCAAACGUGCAGUGUCCGCGUGAUACACACUUUUGGGUUUAUGAUGAUGGUCGUUAUGAGGAGGAAGGUCAAAAUAAUAUCAGAGGAAACAUUUGGGGGAAGGCAUCAACAAGAUUUGUUUGUGCCCUGUUCUCUCUGCCCUUUCCCCACGGACAGCCUCAUGGGACAAGAGAUGAGAUUAGUAAUUAUACCACAGUUCCUAAUUAUCUAGAAAAGAAAAAGAUUCAGAAGCUUCUUCUUCUUGGAAUUCAAGGGUCUGGAACUAGCACAAUAUUUAAGCAGGCCAAGUUUUUGUAUGGGGACAAGUUCACUACUGAAGAGCUGCAGGAUGUCAAACUGAUGAUCCAGAGUAACAUGUACAAGUAUCUUAGCAUUUUGCUCGAUGGAAGAGAGCGCUUUGAAGAGGAGGCUGUUUCUAGAAUGAAUGAACAAGGUUCCCCUGGCCAAACUACAGAACCAGGUAGCAAUGGUGAAGCAAGUAAUACUAGUGAAUGCAUCUAUUCCCUCAACCCAAGGCUAAAGCAUUUCUCUGACUGGUUGUUGGACAUUAUAGCUACUGGGGAUUUAGAUGCAUUCUUCCCUGCAGCCACACGUGAAUAUGCACCGUUAGUUGAAGAAGUGUGGAAGGAUCCAGCAAUACAAGAAACCUUCAAAAGAAAAGAUGAGCUUCACUUUCUUCCAGAUGUUGCAGAGUACUUCUUAAGCCGGGCUGUUGAGAUAUCUAGCAAUGAAUACGAACCUUCUGAAAGGGACAUACUUUAUGCAGAAGGGGUUACACAGGGAAAUGGCUUGGCUUUCAUGGAAUACUCCCUAGAUGACCGUUUGCCAAGGUCGGAGACUUACACAGAUAACCUGGAUGGUCAGCUUCCACCUCUGACCAAGUACCAGCUCAUAAGGGUGAACGCCAAGGGCAUGAGUGAGGGUUGCAAGUGGGUUGAAAUGUUUGAAGAUGUCCGAGCAGUGGUCUUUUGCGUUUCCCUCAGCGACUUCGACCAGUUGUGGCUUGCCCCAGACAGCAGCGGCAGCGGCACACUUCUUCAAAACAAGAUGAUACAAAGCAAGGAGCUUUUCGAGACCAUGGUGAGGCACCCUUGCUUCAAAGACACCCCAUUUGUCCUGGUCCUGAACAAAUACGACAUGUUUGAGGAAAAAAUGAGUAGGGUGUCCUUAAAUGCUUGUGAAUGGUUCAGCGAUUUUUGUCCCGUGCUCGCACACCAAAACAACCAGUCACUGGCACAUCAGGCUUACUUCUACGUCGCAAUGAAAUUCAAGGACCUCUAUGCAUCCCUCACGGGAAGGAAACUUUUUGUGGCACAAGCAAGAGCGAGGGACCGAGUAACUGUUGAUGAGGCAUUUAAGUACAUAAAAGAGGUUCUCAAGUGGGAUGAGGAAAAGGACGAGAAUUACUAUGGUCCACCUGAGGAUUCAUUUUACAGCACAGACAUAAGCUCCUCUCCCUAUAUCAGACAAGAGUAAACAAUGUCCAUCAAAAUUUAUUAUUGAGUUAUGGAUAAGGGUGGAAUAUGUAACAUGCUGGCCAGGUUCUGGUGUCUGAUAUUUAUGUAGUGAAAUUGAAAUCUGUAAUGGAAAAAGUUAUUUAUUCUGGUA